GUAAUUUCUUCUCUAAGAAAUGCUGGCCUUGAAUCAUCGAAUUUAAUACUUGGUAUUGACUUCACAAAGAGUAAUGAAUGGACAGGCAAGCACUCGUUUAACAGGAAAAGCCUCCAUGCAAUUGGUCAUGCACCUAACCCCUAUGAGCAAGCGAUCUCUAUAAUUGGCCGCACAUUAUCUUCCUUUGAUGAGGAUGAUUUGAUACCUUGUUUUGGAUUUGGUGAUGGCCAUUUAGCGAGUCUAAUACAUGUCCUAGCAGCACAACCUUCAAUUCGACACAGCUGUGUCCCACAGAGUGGCAUGUCCAUGCUUCCUGGAGCAUCAACACAUGAUCAGUAUGUCUUCAGCUUUUAUCCUGAUCAUCGACCAUGCCAUGGAUUUGAGGAAGCCCUUGCACGAUAUAGGGAAAUUGUUCCUUUCAUAAAGUUAUCGGGAUGCAUCAGCUCUCCUGACUGCACUAAACAAUCAAGGAUGAAGCAAGAGACACACCAUGCAUUUCCUAUAGAAUAA